AUGGCGCGGUUCGGAGAUGAGGUACCGGCCAGGUACGGCGGAGGGCCCGGCGGAGGGGGCCCGGGCGGCCGCGGUGGUAGCAGGCAAGGAGGACCCCACGGACACGGUCACGGACACGGACACGGGCACGGACACGGCCAUGGCCACGGUCCACCUGGAGGGCCCGGGACCCAGAGAGUGUACAAGCAGUCUAUGGCGCAGAGAGCCCGGACUAUGGCCCUCUAUAACCCCAUACCCGUGCGCCAGAACUGUUUCACUGUCAACCGCUCGCUGUUCAUCUUCAGUGAGGAUAACUUCGUCAGAAAAUACGCCAAAAAGAUCACCGAAUGGCCUCCAUUUGAGUGGAUGAUUCUCGCCACCAUCAUUGCCAACUGCAUCGUCUUGGCUCUGGAACAACAUUUGCCUGAUGGGGACAAGACGCCACUCUCUGAGCGCCUGGAUGAUACAGAGCCGUACUUCAUAGGGAUCUUCUGUUUUGAGUCUGGAAUAAAGAUUCUGGCGCUUGGUUUCGCCUUCCACAAGAACUCCUACCUGAGAAAUGGAUGGAACGUCAUGGACUUUGUGGUGGUGCUCACAGGGAUCCUGUCCACUGUGGGUUCAGAUUUCGACUUGCGGACCCUCAGGGCUGUGCGAGUAUUGAGACCCCUCAAACUGGUGUCCGGAAUUCCCAGCUUACAGGUGGUGCUCAAAUCCAUCAUGAAGGCCAUGAUUCCUCUGCUGCAAAUUGGCCUGCUUCUUUUCUUUGCCAUCCUCAUGUUCGCCAUCAUCGGCCUCGAGUUCUACAUGGGCAAAUUCCACACAACCUGCUUUGACAAUCACACAGGUGACAUCCGAGAAGAGUUUCCAUGUGGGACAGAGCUUCCGUCUCGGCUGUGUCCAGAAGGCACCAUGUGUAGACAGUACUGGCUGGGACCAAACUACGGCAUCACCCAGUUUGACAACAUCCUGUUUGCUAUCCUCACCGUCUUCCAGUGUAUCACCAUGGAGGGCUGGACUGACCUGCUCUACUAUAGCAACGAUGCCUCAGGGAGUGCAUGGAACUGGAUGUACUUCAUCCCCCUCAUCAUCAUCGGCUCCUUCUUUAUGCUCAACCUGGUGCUGGGUGUGUUAUCAGGGGAGUUUGCCAAAGAGAGAGAGCGUGUGGAGAACAGGAGUGAGUUCCUGAAGCUCAGAAGACAGCAGCAGAUUGAAAGAGAACUCAAUGGUUAUCUGGAGUGGAUCUGCAAAGCUGAAGAGGUCAUCUUGGCAGAUGAUGACAAUGAAAAUGAUUAUGAUGGCUCCCGUAGAAGAGCCACAAAGAACCAUAAGAGCAAAGCUGAGCUGCUAAACCCAGAGGAAGGGGAGGGCGACCUGGCAGUAGGGUCACCAUUUGCCCGGGCCAGCCUGAAGAGCUCCAAGCUUGAAGGAUCAGAUUUCAAGCGGCGGGAGCGGCGGUUACGCUUCCUCAUCCGGCACGUUGUGAAGUCCCAGGCCUUCUACUGGACUGUGCUGUGUUUGGUGGGCCUCAACACUAUGUGUGUGGCUGUGGUGCACUAUGACCAACCAGACCCACUGUCAGAUUUUCUAUAUUUUGCUGAAUUCAUCUUCCUGGGGAUAUUCUUGACGGAGAUGAUGGUGAAGAUGUAUGGCCUGGGCAAGCAGGCCUACCUCAACUCCUCCUUCAACUGCUUCGACUGCAUUGUGAUAUGUGGUAGUAUAUUUGAAGUGCUGUGGUCCAUCAUCCAGCCGGGCACAUCGUUUGGCAUCAGUGUGCUGCGAGCUCUCAGGUUAUUGAGGAUUUUCAAAGUCACCAAGUACUGGGCAUCUUUGCGUAACCUCGUCGUCUCUCUGCUAAACUCCAUGAAGUCCAUCAUCAGCUUGCUCUUCCUGCUCUUCCUUUUCAUCGUUGUGUUUGCCCUGCUGGGCAUGCAGCUCUUCGGGGGACAGUUUAAUUUUGAAAAUGGCACUCCUCCGACCAACUUCGAUACCUUUCCCGCAGCAAUAAUGACAGUGUUCCAGAUCCUGACUGGUGAGGACUGGAACAUGGUGAUGUACGAUGGCAUCAAGUCUCAGGGCGGAGUCAACAAGGGCAUGGCCUUCUCUGUCUUCUUCAUCGUGCUCACACUUUUUGGCAACUACACUCUGCUGAAUGUGUUCUUGGCUAUCGCUGUGGACAAUUUAGCCAACGCACAGGAACUGACUAAGGAUGAGCAGGAGGAAGAGGAGGCUGCCAGUCAGAAGAUCGCCCUGCAGAAAGCCAAGGAGGUGGCUGAAGUCAGCCCACUGUCUGCUGCCAACCUCUCCAUUGCAGCCAACAAAGUACACAGUGAGUGUCACAACGCUACCGACCCCUUUCUGGACUGUAAGGAGCAACAGAAGAACCACAAGGGGAUCAACAAGUCAGUGUGGGAACAGCGCACCAAGGAGCUGAGGAGGCAGACUCUGGUGUCCAGCCGCGAGGCCCUCUAUAACGAGCUGGACCCUGACGAACGCUGGAAGGCAAGGACAGGGAGGGAGGAGCACAACAAUGUGAACUUCUCACGUCACAUCCGUCCGGACAUGAAAACCCACCUGGAUCGACCGUUAGUGGUUGACCCCCAUGAGAACCGCAACAACAACACCAACAAGACCACUGCCAACAGUUCCGACCGCUGCUUUAGCCAGCACCAUCCUGCCGACGAGCUCCACAGACAAACACGCCUCCACGAACACGGCGGCCAAGUAGGAGGGGGUGGCGGUGGAGGAGGCUCGGGUCCAGUCAGGCCUCCCAUGGAGCGGGGCGAGUCCACAGAGAGCAGGCGGAGUCGUAAAGGCGAGCACCACCACCACACUUCUCACGUCCGACUGGAUGCGACGGUUAUUCCCGGACCAGGCUCAGAGGAGAGGCCGUCUAGGCGCCAUCACCACACCCGGAGCGGCAGUCGAGGCGGAGGGCAGUCGGAGCACAGGAAGCCCAGGUCACAUCGAAAAAGCGCGGAGGAUGGUGAGGACGGCGGGGGAGGAGCUGGAAAAACAGGGAGACAUAAGAGCAAAGGGGUUGACGGAGGUGGAGAGGGAGGAGAGCAGGAGGGGGCUGGGGAAGGCGCUGAGAGGAGGCCAAGAAGAAAUCGCCAUGGCAACCAAAUGGACAGCGAGGGAAAGAGGAUGUGCCAGCACAGAAGGAAGGAUUGUAGUGUCCCUAACCUCUCCACUACACGGCCCAUUCAGAAGAGCCUCUCCAGGCAGGACAGCCAGUACAGUGAGGAUAUGGACAACCUCAUGAAUACCAAACUGGUCUCUGGCUCUACCCCACCCAGCGAUGGUCACCCCCCAGUUCCCAAGCACGCGGUGGCCCCUGCCUUUGGAUCUGCCCUCCAUCUUGCUAACAGUGGCACUCAUGGGAGUUUAGUCACAUUGGAUAGCUACGGGAGCAUCGCCCAUCACCGUACCAACAGUGUCAUCAGGCUGCCUCACCCUGACUACACAGCUGUAGACAUGCCAAUUUUUCCUUCCACCAAUGCCAUACUGCAGGUCAAUAAGAAUGCCAACACGGAGCCCCUGCCAGCCAAGGAGGAUAAGGAUGAUGAUGAUGAUGAGAAGGGAGGGGAAGGAGGACCCCGGCCUAUGCCUCCCUUCAGCUCCAUGUUCAUCCUGUCCACCACCAAUCCGUUUCGGCGGGCGUGUCACUACAUCUGCACCCUGCGUUAUUUUGAGAUGUGCAUCCUGCUGGUCAUUGCCAUGAGCAGUAUUGCCCUGGCUGCUGAAGACCCCGUCUGGCCCGAAUCCCCUCGCAACAAUGUUCUACGCUAUUUCGACUACGUCUUCACAGGGGUAUUCACAUUUGAGAUGCUGAUAAAGAUGGUGGAUCUGGGCCUGGUCUUGCACCAGGGCUCUUAUUUCCGGGACUUGUGGAACAUCCUUGACUUUAUAGUGGUUAGUGGUGCUCUGGUGGCCUUCGCCUUCACGGGGAGCAGUAAGGGAAAAGACAUCAGCACUAUCAAGUCUCUGAGGGUACUGAGAGUGUUGCGACCUCUGAAGACUAUUAAACGUCUUCCCAAACUCAAGGCUGUGUUUGACUGCGUUGUGAACUCCCUGAAGAAUGUGCUCAACAUCCUGAUUGUCUACUUACUCUUCAUGUUCAUCUUUGCUGUGGUGGCUGUGCAGCUUUUCAAGGGACGCUUCUUUUACUGCACUGAUGAAUCCAAAGAGUUUGAGCGCGACUGCAGGGGCGAGUAUCUGGUAUAUGAACGUGAUAACGAAGUGAAGGCGCAGAAGCGGGAGUGGAAGAAGUACGAUUUCCACUACGACAACGUGGCUUGGGCCCUCCUCACCCUCUUCACCGUGUCUACCGGAGAGGGGUGGCCGCAGGUGCUGAAGCAUUCAGUGGAUGCGACUUAUGAGAACCAGGGCCCGAGCCCGGGGUACCGGAUGGAAAUGUCCAUCUUUUACGUGGUGUACUUCGUGGUCUUCCCCUUCUUCUUCGUCAACAUCUUCGUGGCUCUCAUCAUCAUCACUUUCCAGGAGCAAGGAGACAAGAUGAUGGAGGAUUACAGUUUAGAAAAGAACGAGAGAGCUUGCAUAGACUUCGCCAUCAACGCCAGGCCUCUGACACGCCACAUGCCUCAGAACAAGCUGAGCUUUCAGUACAAAAUGUGGGAGUUUGUGGUGUCGCCGCCAUUUGAGUAUACUAUAAUGGCGAUGAUCGCGCUCAACACAGUCGUACUGAUGAUGAAGUAUGACGGAGCUUCUGAUACCUAUGAAGCUGUGUUAGCCAACCUGAACAUAGUGUUUACCUCCCUCUUCUCCAUGGAGUGUGUACUCAAGAUCAUCGCCUUUGGAGUACUGAAUUAUUUCAAAGAUGCCUGGAAUAUUUUUGACUGUGUGACAGUUCUGGGCAGCAUUACUGACAUCCUAGUUACUGAGCUUGGGAAUAAUUUCAUCAACCUAAGUUUCCUGAGGCUCUUCAGGGCAGCUCGUCUCAUCAAGCUGCUGAGGCAGGGAGAAACCAUCCGCAUCUUGCUCUGGACCUUCGUUCAGUCCUUCAAGGCACUGCCUUAUGUCUGCCUGCUCAUUGCCAUGCUGUUCUUCAUCUACGCCAUCAUUGGGAUGCAGCUGUUUGGGAAUAUCGCCAUUGAAGUGGACGGAGAGAGUGCCAUCAACCAACACAACAACUUCCAGACCUUCGUACAGGCUCUAAUGCUGCUCUUCAGGAGUGCAACAGGAGAGGCGUGGCACGAGAUCAUGCUGGCGUGUCUGGGGAACAAGGAGUGUGACCCCAUGUCAGGGAACACAGAGCCCGAGUGUGGAAGCCAGGUUGCUUACCUCUACUUUGUCUCCUUCAUCUUCUUCUGUUCAUUCUUGAUGCUGAAUCUGUUUGUAGCCGUCAUCAUGGACAACUUUGAGUACCUGACUAGAGAUUCAUCCAUCCUGGGACCUCACCACCUGGAUGAGUAUGUCAGGAUAUGGGCCGAGUAUGAUCCUGCAGCCUGUGGCAGGAUCAGUUGCAGGGAAAUGUAUGACAUGCUGAGGCACAUGUGUCCUCCACUAGGCCUGGGGAAGAGGUGUCCAGCACGGGUGGCCUACAAGAGACUGCUCCGCAUGGACCUCCCUGUGGCCGACGACAACACGGUCCACUUCAACUCCACUCUCAUGGCCUUGAUCCGAACCGCCCUGGACAUCAAGAUCGCCAAGGGUACGGAAGGUGGUAUUGACAAGCACCAGAUGGACGCAGAGCUGAGGAAAGAGAUGAUGGCGAUCUGGCCCAACCUCUCUCAGAAGACUCUGGAUUUGCUGGUUACACCACACAAGUCAGCCACAGACCUGACAGUGGGGAAAAUCUAUGCUGCCAUGAUGAUCAUGGAGUACUACCGGCAGAGCAAGAUCAAGCGCUCGCAGGCUCUUCGUGAUGAGAAUCGAACGCCAUUACUGUUUCAGCGCGUGGAGCCACCUUCCCCCGCCCAGGACGGGGGUCCAGGACUGAACAACGCCCUCCCUCCACCUACGACAACAGAGACUGUCAACAGCCUGCCGGUGGAGGGGGGGGUCCCGGCGAGUCAAUCAUGGGUGACGGUUCGUGCUCAGGAGAUGUCCGAGAAGGUCGGCAGUUGGAGCCCUGAGGGACACCCUGAGGAUAGCCCGGGAAGCAUGACCAACUCUCAGACGGUAGAGAUGAGAGAGAUGGGGCAGGAUGGUUACUCGGAUACUGAGCACUUUCCACCAAUGGAAGGCCAUGGCAGGGCCGCUUCCAUGCCCCGCCUCCCAGGCGACAACCAAACCAUCAAUGACAGCAGUCCAAUGAAGCGCUCGGCCUCGUCGCUGGGCCACAGCAGGUCUGGGCGGGGCCACAGGGACAAGGGAGGGGCAGACGACUACAACAUGGAGCGUGUGCCUGAGGAGGGGAGAACUUCCAGACAUGGACACCGGCGAAAAGAUCGGAGUCAUCGGGCGUCUGAGAGGUCCCUCUGUCGCUACACGGAGGUUGACACAGGCCUGGGCACAGACCUGAGCACCACCACCCAGUCAGGCGACCUCACCUCCAAAGACAAAGACCGCGACAGAGAUCGCGGGCGGUCCAAAGACCGUAAGCACCAUCACCAUCAUCACCACCACCACGGCUCUGUGGACAAGGAGCGCUAUGUAGCAGAGCGAGGGGGAGAGUACGGACAUAGGCACUCCCGCGACAGAGAGCAUGACCGGGAGAGAGAGAGAGAACGGGACCGCCGCUGGUCUCGAUCGCCCAGUGAGGGUCGUGAGUGCAUGACACACAGACAGGGCAGUAGUUCGGUCAGCGGAAGUCCCGUCCCCUCAACCUCGGGGACCAGUACGCCACGUCGAGGCCGUCGACAGUUGCCUCAGACCCCCGCCACACCCCGACCUCAUGUUACCUACUCCCCCGUGGUCCGUAAGGCCAUGCCCACACCGCCUGGGGGGCCACAGGGCCGACCCCCAGCCCCUGCCCCGCGUCGCUUUUCUCCUGAGCCUCCCCAAGGCCAGGGCCCUCCCCCUGCUGGCCUCCCAUUGGCCCACCAUGGCACAUCCCGCCAGAGUCAUCAUCCCCCACCUCGCUGGGGAGACACAGGUGGAGGAGGCGGCUCCAUGGAAGGGGAUGGCUGCUUCUACAACCAGGACUACCAGGACUAUGAGCCCCACCAUGAACCACCUGCCUAUGAGCAGACCCCCAUGCAGGGUGGCAACCCCCACCCUCACCCCCACGCCAACCACCCACUGCCGCCUCCCCCACAACAACAGUCACAUAACCCCCAUCCCCUCCCUCCACCCCAGCCGCACCCUGUAAACAACCCCCACCCUCACCCACCGCCCCACCCACAGCCCACUCGCACCUCACCUAGGACUGCCGGCCACGCGCCCCCUCCCACCACCGCCCUGACCGGGCCUGUACAGGGUCAGAUACAGGCCGCCGCCCAGCGCCGCCUACCCAACGGCUACCGCUCUUCAUCACCUUCCACACAUCUCCAUGGACCCCCACAUACUGGGCCCCACAAGGUCCCCCCUCCAGCCGGGCAUCCUAGAGGUCCCCGUAAGGGCCUGCAUGAACCCUACAGCGAGACGGAGGACGACGACUGGUGCUAGCCUCUGGGGAUGGGGGAGGGGCGUAAGGAGGAUCGAUAGAUGGAGCGAAAGACCAAGACGGGAAGCUCACAGCCAGAGCUCUGACUGCCAAGGGAAACCAUGAUUCUUUCUUUCUUGCCUGUUCAAUUUUUUCCUCUCCUCCACUGCUUGGCAUGUCCCAGUGAUGGUGGGCUAGAAGAAGGGAAAGGUGUCAGGAUGAAGGGGUGGAACAAGAAUGCUGAGGCAGGAUCUGGAGAAACAAGUGGUGUAAGAGGAAACAACCUCCAUGUUCUGCUUGCAUUGUUGUUGCAUUCAUAUCUUGAUGCCAAAUAAGACCAACCUCAAACUGCCGUCUUUAAAGGAUGCAAGCAGGAGGGGUGAUGGACACUAGUCUUUGUGUGUCUUAAAUUAUGCCUCUGGCAACGAGCUACAGCCACUUACAAGAUGUCAAGAGUUGCGACUCGACAAAAGACACUUUACAGUCAGAGACAAAAGAACGACCACUGUUUUUUUUGUUUGUUUGUUUUUUCUUAAAGCUAACUUCAGUUAAGUUAGCUGCAAAAAGAAUCAAAUCUAACCCUCCCAGCCACCAGUUGAAUAUUGAUGAGUUUUAUCAUCUGUGUUUUUAAAUAAGAACCAAACUGACAAAGAGCCCUCCACCUGUAUGAGGUGCGGAGGCUAAGUGGGUGGGAGAGUUGGGGGCGUUGCACCAGGUUGAUGAGUCCCUUUGGUCUAAAUCUCGAGGACAGGAUGGGUGUGUUGGGGACGUUUCCCGCCGUCCCUGGAGAACACCAUCCUCCCAGAAACAAUGUAACCAACCUCCACCCGCAACCUAUGAGAGAAGAAGAACAAAAACUUGGAGAUGGGUUUCAAAAAAACAAAAAAAACAAACAAACCAAUAACUGUUUUCUGCAGUAUUUCUUCUUCUAUUCCUGCUUCUUCUUCCUCCUUCUCUUCUACUUCUUCAAAACAUUGAAGCUUGAAUCUUCUGUUGCACCCCACACAGCUUCGUUUUUUAGACUUGCGGAGUUGUACACCCUGUGGAAUCCUGCAUGAAUGAUACAAAAAAUAAUAAUAAUAGCAACAAUGAGAAUCUACUGUAUGUGGGGGGAAAUUUUACUUGGUACUUUCUGUUGUGCUCUGCAGGGUUUCUCUCUUUUUUUGUUUAUUUUUGUAAAAAUGCCUUUCUGUUUCCUCUCUCUCCUCUGUAUGACAUUCCUCUCUCUGUACCUUCAUUUACACUCAAAUCAAGUGAUAGAAGGCUAUAGGGAGAUUGGGUAGUUACUGUUUGUAUAUUUAGAAGGAACAAAAUGAUUACUUUUUGCUUGCUUGUCUGUAUGUUCUGUACCAGAUGCCUGCCACUGAUACAUCUGGAGUUGCACAUAUUUUUUGUGGAAGUGAAUUUUUGUAACUAAGGUGAUAAAACGGGGAGCAGGGUAAAGUGGAUAAAAGAUAUCCAUAUUGGGGAACAAGUGAUACGAAUCAGUAACAUCUCAAAGUCUUCCAGGGUUUGGGGUUAAAACAGAGAGAAAGAGACCAAUAGAAAGGCGGAGAAAGGAGAGAAACUCUUCAUCUUUGUUUUCUUUGUUAUUGACCGUAAUGAUGGAUAAACAGAUAAUAUAAUAACUAAUAAUGAUCAUGAUGAUCGUGAUAAUGAGACAGAUUCUCCAUAUUUGGUCUGUAUAUUCUGUUCUGUAUGUUUUAAUUUAAGCUCAGCUAAUCAUUUUUCCAACCCUGAGGUGGAGCUCUUACCCCACAGUUGCAUUAUGGGAGAAUGAGUCUGCAGGAGGGCAAACAUGAGUCAGAGAUUAAUACCCAAAGCAGUCAGUUACAAUCGGCAUUCAUUCCUGGGACAAAUAACUCUCUGUCCUUUUCUGCAUUACUGAGUUCACGUUUCGCUCUGAUGAUGAGCUAUAAUCAUGUUACAUGGCGCAAAAAUCAGUACUUUUUACUGUUGAAUCAUCUUCUCUGACUGGAUUAGUGUCUGUUCGUGAGACGUCAUAAUUAAUCUUUAAAAUGAGGAGACGUUACCGCUCUGUUAAAUGUAAUGAAAUGUUAACAGAGGACUUUAUUUUCCUUGUCGUCAGAUAUUUAUCCUCAGUUCUUCUGAUAAAUUUGACAUGUAAAAGCAGAAAUCUGAUUCAAUGAAACACAUUAUGAAAACGGCGUGGACGUGCUGAACGACUGUGCUUCAGGAUGUCAAACGGCAAUUUAUUUAACUUCACAGAAGAGCUGUUAUGAUGCAGGAGUAUCAUCUGUGUAACAGGAACACAGAUCUGUUCAAUUGUAAAUUUGUAACGUUGAAUGAGACACACCAGAAAAUAAGAAAAAUGUCAAGUGGCUGUGAGAGGGGAGUGGGUCGCCUGUCUGUAGCAGAGUUUAAAAAACUGUUCAAAAAACUGUUUAAAAAAACUGCUUAAAUGCAUUUGUUUUGGUUGAAAAAAGGUAGUGGAGAGUCUUUUCUUGUCACUCUAUUUCAAAGACUGCAUAGAAUUAGGAUUUUAAUUGUGAGCCCCCUUUAAAAACUGGUCAAACAAACAGUUUUCUGCAUUUAAAAUGAGUCUCCUCUCCUGCAGAUGCUACAGCAGAGUUCCACCACCGCUUGUGACCUUCUGGUGGCGCUGUGUGACAAACAGUGUCCCUCUAGCUUUUGUACCUCUCCUUUUACUUCACUUCUGAUUCAGAGUUUCACUCUUAGACCGCCUGCUCUGUGUUCACCAUGAGUAAACACAGGCGGCUGAAGGGCACAGCUCAGAUGGGUUGGAGAAAAGAUGUCUGGGCCUGGUCCUGGUCCUAGAAAACAUCUCUAUGUUCUGUGUAUCACUCCUGUAUUUCUUUUUAUUUCCUUCUGUGUGUUUUUCUGUGUGCCUCAAACUAACACUUGUCACUAACGCACACCACUGUCAGCCCCAACGUUAUUAUUUUAUCUAUCUGACCUACGUUUUUUACCUGGAGGCCUAUCACAUGUUGACCAGAGAAUGCACAGAAAAAAUAGACAAGAAAAAAACUGCCUAUUAGUGUCUUUCCAACCUCAGUGGAAUGUCACAGACAAGUAUUUUUUCACAUCACUACACGUAAAAUCAGAAAGCACACUAAGUAUGUAGCUCCUGGUUGUGGUGUGUGUGUGUAAGUGGGGUUUGUGUGUGUGUAUGUGUGUGUGUGUGUGUACAUGGGCGAGUGUGUUUCAGAUCAAUUUUUGGUGUUUUGUUUUCGGGCUUGCUUUGCUUUUUAUUCUUUGUCCUUAGAAUCCUUUUGAGAUCUUAAAAAUGUUUUAGUCUAAUCAUUGUAACGAUCUUUGACUCUGUGUCUGUGUGUGUGUGUGUGUGUGUGUGUGUGUGAGAGUGAUGUCAGCAACCCCCCGAAUGAAACAUGCAAAGCCCCGAACAUUCACCGUCCAUCUUUGUGUCUAUGCUGCAGUGAAAUCCACUAACACGCUGAUUAACCACACAAAGUCUUCAAAAAGCAAUGUAAAGCCGCUACUGAGAAAAAAAAAGUUUUUUAAGUACAAAAGAUUAAAAAAAGGAAAAAAUAUCUAGUUCCAGAAAUGCAUGUGCUAUGUGCAUGCCACACCGUGGGUUAACAGUCAUCUUCAGGACAUAAAAGAAAAAGCAGAUAAAUGAAUUCAGAGGAAUAAAAAAAAAAGAUAUAUAAAUAGAUAGAUGUUUUUAAAAAGCAACGUUUCCUUUUUUCCUUCUAUUUUUGAGAACAAAAAAGGUUAAAAAUUACUUUUAAAAAAAUGUCUAAAGAAUAAAAAACACAAAAGAGACUUUGGUGAGAGUUUGUUUUCUUCUGUUACAUGGGGUUGAGGCGCAACACAACCAUGUUCAGGAACACCACAAAAAAGAACUGUUUUUAAAAAAAUAUAUACAAAGAAAAGAAAGUACAGUUCAGACGAUGGUGUAUUCUCCCUUCUACUUUCUGUGGGGGUCAGGGGGUGCAGGAGCGAGCCAAAUCUGAUGAUGUACUCAUUCAAACUGGCUGUGGAACCUUUGAUCUCUCACUCACUCCCUCUUUUUUCUCUCUCUCUAACUCUGUCUCUCUCACACUCUUAUCUGUCGCACUCUCAAACUGUCUCACCGCUAUUUCUACCAGUGCAUUUUGUAAUUCCAAACAGAACUCUUCCUAAAGAAUAAAAUCCAGAGAGAAUG